UCCUUGUCGUGGACAGAUAAAAUAUUCAGAUACAGUUUUAUCUUCUAAACGGUUAUAUUGCUAUAUGUCAAUACAGUAAAUUCUUAAGAGCCAUAUUGAAUUAUUUUCUAACAUGACGUCUGGGAUUAUUAAUAUUGUAUACGAAUGUCAGCGAAACAAUUAUGUUUUAAUACUGUAAGGAUUCUUCAUAAGCUGGAUAAAAUGGAAAUGACCGAUAAAGAUUCUGGAGAAAGAAAUUUGGCAUACAUAGUGUCUGAUGAUGAGAACAUUGAUGGAAAAAAAGAAAAAAUAUACGAACGGAAUUCGGACAUAGAUUUUAACGAAACAGAUAAAAACGAACCAAAAGGUGAAAGUAAAGUAUAUAAACGGCGUUGGUAUGUGCUCGCGUUGUUCUGUGUGCUGACAUGCACGGAGACUACAAUAUGGAACACUUGGGGACCAAUAGCAUCCUCAUGCGAGAAAGCCUUUGGCUGGGAUGUCUCCAUUAUGGCACUCCUGCCGAACUGGCUACCGAUCUCUUUCGUCCUGUCGUCGUUUGUCUUCUCCUGGAUUGUUGAUGUGAAAGGUAUCAGAUGGGCGUGUUUAAUAGCAGCUGCUUUGAUAGCUGUUGGGUCAGGGGUCAGGUGCAUCACAUCAGAGCCGCCAUAUGUCACUUGGACAGUCAAUAUUGGUCAAUUCUUUAACGGAUUGGGCGGACCAGUUGCCAUGGGGAUAGCGCCUGUGUUAUCAGUGGCUUGGUUUCCACCGCAUCAAAGGACAACAGCAACAGCCACAGCAACCGCCUUUAAUUACCUAGGUGUGGCAGUAUCCUACCUUUUAGGGCCUUAUAUGGUACCAGAAUCACAGGAGGGUUCCACGCUUCACAACCAAACACGGGAAAACAAUGUGACAGGAAUGCUAGAAAACCUCACAAGCAUUGAUGGCAAUGAUGAUGCUGAACUCCACAGAAUCAGACACGACAUAAUGAUAUUGAUGUAUAUCGAGUGCAGCUGGUGUGUUUUCGUUUUCCUGUUGGUACUUUUGUAUUUUCCUGCAAAACCCAAAUUACCACCUAGCAUAUCGGCAUCGGUAGAGCGCCUUGACUUCAAGUCAGGAUUUCGAAAGUUAAUAAGGAACAAGAUGUUCUGGAUGGUAGGAUUGACGUACGGAGUAUCCACAGGUGUGCUUGGUAUGUGGGAAGGAGUGCUGGACGUCAACCUAAAACCCCAUGGAGUAUCACAGACUGAAGCAGGCUGGAUAGGAUUCUAUUCCAUAAUCGCCGGUAAUAUUGGAGCAAUAGCAUUUGGCAAAUUUGCUGACGUCUUUUCCAAACAUAUGAGGCUGUUUCUUAUAGGACUGUAUAUCGUAGCAACAGCGGCCUUCCUUUGGUUGAAUCUCAUACUGAAUGGGAUUAUAGAUAAUUCUCUAGUCCAGAUUUACGCUUCCAUCAUCAUUGGCACUCUGUGUGUGAACGCCUCUCCGCCAUUGUUCUUUGAGAUGGCAUGUGAAAAUGCCUAUCCAGUCGCCGAGGGCAUCACCAACUUUGCACUCACCUUACUCUUCAACAUCGCGGGCCUGAUAUUUCUCGCCAUUCAGAUGGUACCUAACAUAGGUACGAUAUGGGAAAACUGGGUUCUUCUCGGCUCAAUUGUAGUGUCAAUUCCUGUAUUACUGUCCAUGCACGACACCUACAAUCGUCUCAACAUGGACGAAGGAAGUCGAAAUGAUGACCAUGGCGGUAAACAGAUACAACAAGAGCAAGAGGACAAAAAGAUAACAACAUCACAAGACGACGAACAGAUAACACCAUAACAAGACGACAAACGGAAAACACCAUAAAAAGAGGACACACAGAUAACACCGUAACAAGAGAACAAACAGAUAACAAAACGACGAACAGAUAACAAAAGAACAAGGCGAAAAACAGAUAACACCAUAUUAAGGCGACAAACAGAUAACACAAUAACAAGGGGACAA